CGUCAUCCUAGGCGCCGGAAGUCGGCUGCAGGCGUGCAAGACUCCACGUGAGAGAAGAGACGAGUCGGAGAGCUGUGACUUUCCCACCAACACCAAUUUUCCAAAAUGGGCAAAAAAGGGAAAGUAGGAAAGAGUCGAAAGGAUAAAUUUUAUCAUCUGGCAAAGGAAACAGGGUACCGCUCCCGUUCAGCGUUUAAGCUCAUCCAGCUUAAUAGAAAGUUCCAGUUCCUGCAGAAGGCUCGAGCACUCGUCGACCUGUGUGCGGCCCCAGGAGGGUGGCUGCAGGUUGCCUCAAAGUUCAUGCCCGUCUCCAGUCUUAUAAUAGGGAUUGAUAUUGUGCCAAUUAAAGCAAUCCCUAAUGUUGUAACCUUACAGGACGAUAUAACCAGCGAGUCCUGCAGACAGGCAUUGAAGAAGCAGCUUCAGACAUGGAAGGCAGAUGUGGUUUUGAAUGACGGAGCGCCAAAUGUUGGAGCGAACUGGAUCCACGAUGCCUUUUCACAAGUUCACUUGUCUCUGAUGGCACUGCGGCUUGCCUGUGAUUGUCUUUCAAGAGGCGGCUGGUUCAUUACAAAGGUUUUCCGCUCUGCCGAUUACCAGUCCUUACUCUGGAUCCUGAAGAAUUUUUUCAAGAAAGUGAGCUCAACAAAACCCCAAGCGUCUCGUAGUGAGAGUGCUGAGAUCUUUGUUGUGUGUCAAGGAUACCUGGCUCCUGAUAAAAUUGACAACAGAUUCUUUGAUCCUAAAUAUGCAUUCAAGAAUGUGGAAAGCCCUGUGCAAACAGUGUCUCAGCUUGUAUCAUAUAAGAAGCCCAAGGCAGAAGGAUACGAGGAAGGACCUGUCUACCAACGAGUAUCCUUGGUUGAAUUUUUGAAAGCUCAAAAUCCUGUGGACUUCCUUUCCAAGAUCAGUGAGAUUGCCAUAGAUGACCAGAACUUAGAGAAACACUCUGCUACCACCAAUGACAUCAAAGAAUGCUGCAAAGAUAUCAAAGUCUUGGGACGUAAAGAGCUGAGAUCGCUCUUGAGCUGGAGAUCCAAACUACGUAGAUAUGUUGCAAAAAAACUGAAAGGGGAAUCCAAAGGAUCAGUGGAAGGAAUAAAUCUCAGUUCUGAUGAGGAAGCCGAGGGCUCUGCUGAUGAACAGAAAGCGGAGGAGGAGGAGGAGGAGGAUGAGAAUGAGAAACUUGAACAGAAGUUAGCAGAACUAAAGGCUGAAGAGCUGGCAGCAUUAAAAAGGAAGAAAAAACAGUUACUUAAAGUCCAGCGCCAGCAGAGGUUAAGAAUGGAACUAAAGAUGGAUCUCCCGGGGAUUUCUAUUGCUGAUGAUGGAGAUACCGGCAUGUUUUCCCUCAAGACGAUAGGCAAGAAUGAACUAUUACAGACCCUUUCACGUGGAGACAUGGCUGCAGCAGACGCACUGGUGUCAUAUAGUGACCCUAAUGAUGGAGAUAUAUGUCUCUCAGACCUUGAGGAUGUGGAGGAUGAUGAAAUAUCACUAGCCAGUGACCUGGAUGAGGAAGACCUGUCUGAUGUGAGAAAGCGAGAAAAAAAGUUACCACAAACAAGGAAGCCAGUUUCAGUUGCAGAGGCACCAGAGGAUGAGGACAAGACAAACCCCCUGUUACUAUCCCUGGAAGAAAAAUCAGACCGUGAAGAAAGAGAUAAAAACCUGUGGUUUGGAAAGGGCAUUUUUUCAUCUGUUCUACAUUCCGAUGCAGAUGAGGAGAUUGAAAUCAAGCAGACAAAGAUUUUACAGGAGACUGAUAGUGGAACAAAAACAAAGGGGAAGAAAGAACCUAAGAAAAAACACAAAAAUACAGAAGACACCUCCUCAGGCAUAAGCAAUAAAGUGGCAGAUCCUGAACCACCGGCUGAGGUGACUAAGCAGGAUGGAAGAGCAGAAGAUGGAAGUGACUCAGACAGUGACAGUAGUGAUGAUGAGAGGGAUAUUCAAUCUAUGAAGAAGAAGUUUGGAAAAAGAACAGUUGAAGAGAAAGACGAUUUUGAAGUGGUUCCUGUAGAACGACCAGUGAAACGUUCCCGAGUCUUGGAUCCAGAAGGCCUCGCUCUUGGAACAGUCAUUGCCACGUCAAAAAAAGCUACCAGAGAUCUGAUUGACAACUCUUUUAACAGGCGAGCAUUCAAUGAUACUGAAGACGACCUCCCAGAUUGGUUUGUCUCUGAAGAAAAGAAACAUCGAGAUGUUCAGAUUCCUGUGAGCCGAGAAACGAUGGAUGAGUAUCGUAGAAGACAGAGAGAACUUAAUGCUCGGCCAAUCAAGAAGGUUGCAGAAGCGAAGGCUAGAAAACGAAGACGGAUGUUGAAAAAGAUGGAACAAGCCAAGAAAAAGGCAGAAGCUGUGGUUAACACGAUUGACAUUUCAGAGCGAGAGAAAGCGGCUCAGCUGCGCAGUGUAUAUAAAAAGGCAGGUAUCGGAAAGGAGAAACGUCAAUUGACCUAUGUAGUGGCCAAGAAAGGUGGUGGAAAGAAAAUGCGCCGCCCAGCUGGAGUCAAAGGCCAGUUUAAAGUGGUGGAUGGCAGGAUGAAGAAGGACAUGAGAGGACAGCAGAGGAAGAGAUGAGGAGUUACAGAUGCCUACAUUUCUUAUCAUGUGCUGAUGGUAGAACUGGAGUCUGCACAUUCCCGUCAUCACUCAUGAGGCCUCCAUCUGGUGUAGUCAGGCUGUUCUGCUCCCAGUGUAGGUCUGGACAUCGUCAAUUGCUUGUAUAAUAUCAUAAAUUUUAAUAAUAGAACAACUA